GCCUCUCGACACAGCCCAUCUGGCGCAAGCUGUGGGACGAUGUGAUGAAAACCAGGCCACCCAACUCGGAGAAUAUAACCUGUUGGAGGAAGAAGUUCCUUGAAACGUUCUUCUCAAAUGUUCUGCACGGUGUCUUGGAUGUUUCCUCUGACUGGCGUCUCAAUGACCAUCACUUUUCGCCGCUGCUCCACAGCUCCCCACACGUUUCCCAGCUUACCCUCUGCAACAUGCUGCAGGGCGCGGUGGAGCUCACUGCUGAGCACAACCAGAAAGUGCUUGAAAACCUGGCUGGCUCCCUGCAGAUCCUCAAGUUCCAGCACCUCCUCUCCUCCGACCAGUCCAUCAGGCGUUCACUGGUUUUACUUCUUCACCGGCUGAUUCACCAUGGCUCUGUCAGCCAAGUCUCCAUGUAUUCCUGGCCUGUUCCUGACACGGUUCUUCUCGUUCUUAUUUUGAGCAUGAGCGCUGGGUUUUGGCGCUCAGGAAGUGCCCUCGUGUAUCACAGCAGCCCAUGUGGCCUUUGCAGAGAGGAGAAGGACAAAGCCCAAAGCCAGGAAUCGGCAGAAGAGCGAGCAGAGAGGGGCCGCUGCGAUGAGAGGGAGCAGAGCGAUGGUGAGAACCAGAAGGGAUCCCCCAGGGCCCCAGAGGAGACUGAUGCUCGCCUGAACUCUGUCCUCUCCAGACCGAGAAGUCCUCCUCUACGAAACCAAGCGUGUGAGGAGGCAAGCAGCAAGGUGCCCUGUGACUACACCAGCAUUCAGGGAGGAUCUUCUUGUUGCGUCUCAGACCAGCUGUCCUGUCACCCUGUUCUUCGAAAGACGCGCAGACGGCUGAAAUCUGCAGUGGGGAAGAAACGUCGCUGCCUCAGACGAAGCAGGGGACUGCAUGCUGACCCAGAAGACCUGUAUGAUUUUGUUUUCACUGUUGCUAGAGAGGAUAAUGCAGGGUUACUUGACACAAACAGUGCCACAGAGGGAGAAAACCCUGAGAACUGGACUAGUUCCUCCCGAGGAUCUCUGUGCACUGGCCAUGCUGUCUGUAAGAAAAGAGGAGGAUCUGCUGGGAUCUUUUCUCUGAAAGCUGCUCACCGCUUCCGAAGCGUGUCCACGCUGGAAUUGUUCUCCAUUCCUUUGACUGGGGAGACAUGUCGGACUCUGUGUAAUCUGCUGAGCUCCUGGGUGUCUUUAGAAAACCUGGUUCUGUCUUACAACGGCCUGGGCGCUAACAUCUUCUGCAUCCUCUCUGGGCUCCGGGCCCUCUCCCGCCACCCGGACUGCCACCUCCGCGUGUUGCGCGUGAGCGACGUCUUCUCCCACGUGCCCUGUAUAGAGCUUGUUCACUGCAUGCUGAGCACCGUUCCCCAGCUGCACACGCUCUCCGUCAGCUUCGACCUCAAAAACCAGCUGGAGGGGAACAGGCCAGAGGGGAAUCCAAGCUGCAGUGAGGCAGAAAUCCCAGAGAGCCGCCUGGAGCAGCUGGAGAUCAGAUUCCCCAGGGAACCUCUGCACACUGCCUUCCUGCUGCCAGUGCUCAAGGCAUCAAAGUCCCUCCAGCAGCUGUCCCUUGACAGCGCCAUGCUGCCCUGUUCUCAGGAGCUUGGGCUCCUUUUGGAGGUGCUCAAAGAGUGUAAUCCACAUUUGAAGAAACUGAGUUUUCAUGAUGUGAACCUGGCUGAGCACCAGAAAGAAGUUCUGCUUUUGCUUCAGGAUCCUGUCCUGCAAGAAAUCACGUUUUCCUUCUGUCGGCUGUUUGAAAGCUCUACUACUGAGUUUUUGUCAGAAAUAAUCAAUACAGUCAAAAGGAAUACAUCUUUGAAGAGCCUCAAACUGCCUGGGAAUCGCCUUGGGAAUCACAGGCUGGUUGCUCUUGCAGACAUUUUCUCUGAAGAUUCUUCCUCUUCUCUUUGCCAGCUGGAUGUCAGCUCAAAUUGCAUCAAACCUGAUGGGCUUCUGGAGUUCACAAAGAAGCUGGAAGGCCACAUCCAGCAGAGAGGAGGACAGAUUCAAUUUACCCACCUCCGUCUCUUCCAAAAUUGGCUGGACCAGGAUGCUGAAACAGCUCAAGAAGCGCUUCGGCGUCUCAAAGCUGUAUGCAGUGUGGUCAAUGACUCAUGGGACUCUUCCCAGGCCUUUGCUGACUACAUCAGUGUCAUGUGA